AUGGUCACUUUGUGCGUCUCAUAAGACACAACUUUCCUACUACAAUAACCCGAUUCUGGCACAUCGGCUAUAAAAAUAAUUCCGUCGUCACUGACACACGACCAGCCGAACACACACGCCUAUUUUUGUUUGUUUGUGUCAGGCAAUAGGUCCGAGGAUACUUUCGUAUGGAGUCCAACUGAUGACUCCGGAUAAUAUUUCUCCAGUUUUCGUGAUAGCUUCCACAUAGGUUUCACGAUGGGCGAACUGGACAUUGAAACAGGCGCUAAUGUCGUAAAGAAAGCCGGAUGGUCAUCCAAGGUUUUAAAAUGGAUAAUUUUCGGAAGUGUGAUGGGAGUUACUGGCCUUGCUGGUAUUCUUAUUGGUUUAGGGCUUUCUGGAAAGCUUGGGAGUAGCGAUUCCAAUCUUAUUCCAAUUGGAAGCACAGCCACACAGAAAGGCCGACCUGAAUCCUUAAAUGACGCCCAGAACCGACAGGGUCUCCACGGUCGCAACUCUAAUGACCUGGCAAGUUUGGCCGCAGCUGGAAUUAUGGGCAACGAAAUUGCCGAUUCACUGGAGGAUGUAACUAAUGAUAUAUUUGACGAUACUGUUGGAGAUGCCUUUGAUAACGUUGCUGAUGUCGACUUUGGAGACUUUGGAAAUGUUAUUGAUGAUGGUUUCGACAAUGUAAUCGGUGAUACAUUUGAGGAUGUAGGAGAAGGCUUCAGAGACGCAGUUGAAGAUGUGGGAGAAGGAGUCGGAAAUAUAAGAGAAGGGAUGGGAGAUGCUUUAGAAGACGUAGGAGAAAGUAUAGGAGAUGCAGUAGGCGAUGUUGGAGAAUGGAUAGGAGACGCAGUAGAAGACGUGGGAGAAAAUGUGGGAGAUGCACUUGAAGAUGUAGGAGAAGGGAUGGGAGAUGCAUUUGAAAACGUAGGAGAGGGGAUGGGAGAUGCGCUGGAAAACGUAGGAGAUGCAGUGAAAAACGUAGGAGAAGGUAUUGGAGAUGCAAUGGACAAUAUUGGAGAUGUAGUGGAAGAUGUAGGAGAGGGUAUUCGAGAUACAGUUGAAGACAUUGGAGAAGGGAUCCGUGAUAAUUUAGAAGAUGCAGCAGAAGGUAUCGGGGAUGCAUUUGAAGACUUAGGAGAUGGGCUUGGAGACACCGUUGAAGAUAUAGGGGAAGGUGUUGGAGAUGCAUUUGGAAAUUUUAGGGACGCAUUGGAAGACGUUGGAGACGGUGUUAGGGAUGCAGCCGAGGAUGUAAGAGACGGUAUUGGAGAUGCAUUGGAAGAUGUGGGAGAACGUAUUGGGGAUGUAAUGGGAGAUGUAGGAGACGGUAUUGGAGAUGCAAUGGGGGAUGUAGGAGAAGGUAUUCUGGAUGUAAUGGGAGAUGUAGGAGACGGUAUUGGAGAUGCAAUGGGAGAUGCAGGAGACGGCAUUGGAGAUGCAAUGGGAGAUGUAGGAGAAGGUAUUCUGGAUGUCAUGGGAGAUGUAGGAGACGGUAUUGGAGAUGUAGGAGACGGUAUUGGAGAUGCAAUGGGAGAUGUAGGAGAAGGUAUUCUGGAUGUCAUGGGAAAUGUAGGAGAUGGUAUUGGAGAUGCAAUGGGAGAUAUGAGAGACGGUAUUGGAGAUGUAAUGGGAGAUGUAGGUGACGGUAUUGGAGAUGCAAUGGGAGAUCUAGGAGACGGUAUUGGAGAUGCAAUGGGAGAUGUAGGUGACGGUAUUGGAGAUGCAAUGGGAGAUGUGGGAGAAGGAAUUGGAGAUACGUUUGAAGGUGUUGGAGACGGGAUCAGAAAUGCAUUUGAGAAUGUUGGAGAAGGUAUUAGAGAUGCAGUUCAAAACGUGGGAGAAGGUUUUGGAGAAGCAUUCGAUGACAUGGGAGAUGGAUUUGGGGACCUGGGAGACGGUCUGGGUGAUCUUGGCGAUGACAUGAUGGACGGAGACGGCAACGGGAUGAUGGCCAUGAUGGCUAUGAGCAAAUACAACAAGAACAAUGGCUUCAACGACAUGGCGGCAGGUCUUCCGUUCUUCAUGGACGAUGACAUGGGGGAUUUUAUGGAAUUCUAACAUCAGCGUCAGAUUCAGCGUUGUGGUCUGGAGGUCAGCAUCUCACGUUAGGAAGGUCGACUGGAUAGUGGUCCAGAACAGUAAAAUAUAGCGUCAAAUCUGGCUAUGAAAGCAUCAACGAAGUACGGUUUUAUUUUAGGUGGCCUUGAUACAAGCUUACAAAUUACCUUCUGAUGACCAAGAUUACUAGGGAAAUGGUUUAUGAUGAAGGAAAAUUAAUUAUAGAGGUAUUAACACAAAUAUUUAUGAGUGAUAUUUUAAUUUAUUAUGCUCCAAUUAAUAAGUAAUAUUUCAUAUACGUCAUGUACAUGUUAGAGCCAGCUGAACAAAAGGAAUAUACAUUAUAUACUAGUAUAUCGGAAAUGCCAUUUAUAGACAUACGUGUGUUUAUUCAGUGUGCUCUUUGUAAGAUGUUCGAGUUUGUUUUAUUAACGAAGUACAUGACAACAACGCAAACAAUAUAUUUCUAUUAAAAGUGCAUUGAAUAUAAGUAAAAUAUGAUGAUAAUGUGUACAUAUUUGUAAAUAGUGUUUGGAGACAUUCAGGACACAGUUAAUGGACACUGAAGCGAUGUUAAUACAAUUGUUGGGAGUCUAUAUAUCGAACAAGAUAUUUGUAUAAUUAAAUAUGUAAGUUGCACAAAUUAAAAACAAAAUGUCAUCUAAUUGAAUUAUAUAAUAAUAAUGAAGCCCGAUCGCACAAAAACUAUAUUCUCAUAACAUUAUGUCAAGUCAUAGGGCUUUACGUGCACAUUCAGAGCAAGCUGUUGUAGCGCACGCUCAUAACAUUGUGAUGAAUUGUGAAUUAUAUAUUCUUGCGAACAUUCCAUUUAAUUGGUUAGAGUAAAAAACAAAAUAUCCAAACCUAUGCUUUAUUCACCUUUCAACUGAGAAAGAGGACAACACCUAGACCUGGCGAUCCCAGCUUUGGAGUUGGAGAGCGUGGCAAUACCCUCCCGCCAUAUCCCUCCACUUCCGACACCUAUGGUGUACUCGCAAAGUAAGUUCAACCAUGACAGUUUGUAAACAAAUGACUUUGCACUUCUUUGACGCACUUGACGUUAUUCUGUGCUCACCAUCCGGGUGCUUGACUGACAUCCACUCGCCAUGGUCGUGUAUUAUUAGUGACCUUUUCAUACACUUCGGUGCAUAAAUCAUGUAGUCUUGUCAAAGUCUGUCAAGUUGUUGUUGUCUUAAUUGUAUUCACAGGAGUACGAACUGUAUCCAUAAAUCAUAUUUCCCUUGUCAUUAAAUAAAUAAAUAAAAAAAAAACAAUAAAAAGGAAA